AUGAGCAGCAAUUUUACUUAUGUCAAUAGUAGUGUAGUCUCCCCAGAAAGUGAGGAGGAUCUCGAAUGGUUUGCCGUCCCUGAGGGAUGCCCCUGUAAUACUGAUCCUCGCAAGGGGUUGUUGGUAUACUGCGGAACAUGCGACAAUUGUCGGCGGAGCGAAGCUUUUGAUGUUGCCGUCAGAAAGGCCGGGGGUAAGGGUGAAGGACUUUUCGCUACGAAGCCUAUCAGUGAGGGCAGGAUAGUGGCGUUUUAUGCUGGUGAAUUGCUGUCAACAAGGGUGGCUACGCGCCGAGCUCGAGAGGCUAGUGAGAUGAGGUUGCCAGACAACUACCUUUUGAGUGUGUGUGAGCACUUUGCAGGGCCUAGAGGGGAGGUAUGGACGCAUGUGGACGCGCGGUACUUUGGCUCCUUGGGGAGAUUCGCCAACCAUCGUUGUGGUGGUGGCAACACUGAGCCGUGUGUGAGCCGCCGGCCUGGGGGGCUCCCUUUGGUGCUGCUCAUGUCGCUGCGGGAUAUUGCAGAGGGAGAAGAGAUCAGCUUUGACUAUGGUAGCAGUACUGCUACACCCGACGUGGAGGGUAUGAAAUUCUACCCAAAGGAAGAGUGGCUUGAGGACAUCGAUGCCGAGUUUAUACAGCCGCCACCGCCGCCUCCUGUAUUUGCUCUACCACGGAAUGUCCUUUUAACUGGCGGAGCGUCUCAUCCUGAUACUAUGUGGCAGUCCCCAUUGCUCACGUUGGUGACGAUACUCGCGCUGGGGUUGUGGCUACAGCUCCACUGUCCGGUGUGGCACGAGCAUCACUCUACGGCCUUGCGUAAAGUAACCUUCAACCUACUCUUGCCUUGCUAUGUAUUGCAGUCUAUGUGGGGUGCCUCUCCAAUAGACACGACCCUCUUGCCUGUGGCGGCUUACUCCUUCGCCACCCACAUUAUUAUGUCGGUGGUCAUCGGCAUCCUAUUCCUGCGGGUGAGCGAUCGCCAGGUCCGUGGAUGGCUGUGUAUGAGCGCACAAGGAGCCUUGCUGAGCUUCCUCUACCCUCGUCUCGCUGCUGACUCGCGAUUCGGCGAGCGGUCGGUAGCCACUUGCCUGUUGUGGGACAUCGGUGGGAACGUGUGGAUUUGCCAAGGUCUCCUUUGGGCCACUGCAGCAUACUUUGCUCCCCUGUGUGGAGACAGAGGAGUCCUGCCUGAUUUGGACGACGAUUCCUCACAUGCAGUGCGUGAGAUUCGCACUGAGAAGAUCAUGGCUUCUCUGCAGAGCUCAGAAUUUGGUUACCCCGACCGUUUCGUGAGUAUGUCAGCAUUGCUGAGCAUCGUGAGUGUCUUCAUCAGCUUCCUCAUACAGCAUCUCAUCAUGGAGCUCUAUUGA